AGCAGAGAAAGGGGGAGCGGCGCUCCUUCCGAAGCACCCCAAAUUCCGCGGGCCGUGCUCUUAUCCCCUCAGGAAUCCAGAUCUCCCUCGACUUACGAUGGGGUUACGUCCGAUAAAUCAUCGGAAAUUGAAAAUAUCCUAACAUGAAAAUGCAUUUAAUACACCUAAGGCCCGAACGCCCCGGCUUAGCCUCGCCUGCCUGAAACCGCUCAGAAGAGGGACAUGAGCCCGCGGUGGGCACCGUCAUCGCGCACGAAGCCGGUUUAUUGUCAAGUGCUGGAUAGCUCACGUAAUUUAUUGCAUACUGUACUGAAAAUGAAAACCGGAGCAGCUAUUCUGUGACAGUCACAAUGGGAAGCAAAGAAGGGUUUGUCCUGCUCGGGCUCCUGCUCAUCCUGGCUGUCCUCUGCCGUUCAGGUCACAGCCUGCAGUGCUACUCCUGUAUUAACCCAGUGAAGACCUGCAAUAACAGCAUCACUUGUUCACACAAUUUUGACUCGUGUCUCUUGGUCAAAGCCGAGCCAGGAAGAUAUUACCACCAGUGUUGGAGGUUUGAGGACUGCAACUUCGAGUACAUUUCCAACACCUUAGGGGAGAAGCAGCUGAAGUACCAGUGCUGCCGGGAGGACUUGUGUAACAAGGACGGCGGGAUGAGCGCGUCAGGGAGAACAGCUCUGCUGCUGAUCCCGCUGCUGGCGGCAGCCUGGAACCUUUUUCUCUGAAUCAACAGUGGGAGGGCUUCUCCUAAACUCCCUGUUUCUGUAAAUAUUCCUUAUUUCCUCUGCUGCUGCAUCCCAAAGGCUUUCUGUUUUUCAGCUGGACCCUGUUGGGAAAGACUAAAACUAGCCAGAGCGGCUUGGAUGAGAGAGAGGGACGCAGAGAGUGUGAAGAGCAGUCCUGUUCGCAGAGAAGACCCAUGUGAGGGAGGAGGUUAAGAGUGACGUGGUUGGAGCGCGGUUACGUGCUUCCUCCUCUGCCCUUGCACUGACAGCUUGAGUAGAUUCUCUGUGAUCCUCAGUUACUUCCCCUCUGACUCCUUGGGUGGUUAGACAGUAUGAUCAGUGCUGUUCUGGGAGAAGAGGGCAAGGGUUCUUUCCACAGUCUCGCUCAGAGGGAGUGCUCCCGUCCUCUCCCCUCACGGCCCCUGUGUUGCAUGUAGACACGAGGAGUGUUCCAGAUGUGGCUGUCAGUCAGGGGCAGCGAGAUUCGCACUGCAAAGAGGUUGGAAUGACUUGUCUUCUCAGCUGGAAGGUGUCGGGCAGGGAAGGAGGUCAGCUCUCCAGACAGCAGGGUGUGGAAACACAAGUCUGUCUGUAGAGAGGUGCCAGGGACUGAAAUCCAAGUUUUCCUCUGUCCCUAAAUUUUCUAUUGGCUUUGCUAUCUUGCACUAGAAAGACUUCACAGCAGUCAGUGAAUGGUGUGUUAAAACAGUCCCUCCUCUUAUUUAUUGGAAUAGUCGGGUAGCUUGGCUUUGUCACAAACAGUUAAAGACUGAGCACGUGUCUGUUACCUGUGACUGGCAGUAUUAAGUGUACUUAUUGUAAAUGUUCCUGGUGGGGAGUUACUCUUCCUGUGUGUGUGUAAUGUACGAAUGCCGUGGGAAGAGCCUUUGGGCUGCAGUUUGAGGCCUCCAGAUGUCAUCAUGAACAGCAGCACAUCUGCAGGGUUGUGCUUGGCCUGCCGACGUCCAGCCUGGUGGCUCCCUAGCUAACUGGACACAGGUUGUGUAAAAUACAUUUGCAAAGGCUGUUAGCAUAAUCACAAAUGUUGAAGCUUUCAAAAGCUCUAACAGUUUCCUAAAAAGUGACUUACCUUUUCAGGAAGGCAGAGUUUUGCUUUUUUCUUGUGGGUGUUGGUAAAUAAUCCUCAAGAUCUGGUUGACUUAAUGACAUUUGUAAUCUUAUAAUCUCGACUAUAUUUAACGGCAUAGCCUGACUUUUGCAGAUGAAGGUGGAAUUUCUUCAUUAACAUUAUUUUAAAACCCCUUGCUUAUGUAAUCUGUUAGACAAACUGGAAUGAAUGAUGCCUUUCUGAAAAUAAAAUCUAAUCAAAUGCA